GAUACCUUUAAAGCUGCGAAACGAAACUAGGAUUUCGCCAAACAUGUCUUUCAAAGUAUUGAAAGAGACACGGCAUUUUAACAAGUGGACACAAAAUGUGAUUGAACAAUUAAGAGCUUGUGAAUUUCUUUUAGGGAAUUCAGAAGAUUAUCGAUAUGCUGUUCACAAAAGAAGUCAAAACGUGGUGAUUUGUAGCUCUUCAUCUUGUCACAGUCAUAGACUAUGUCCAACACACAGAACCUCCCUCAUCUACACUACAUUGAAUGCAAACACUACUUCAAUUCUAGCAUUACCAUCUACAUGUCAGUACAGCAAUGUCCAGGCAGUUAGAGCAUUUUCUACUGUAGGUAAAGAUGAGCCGGAUGUGUAUGUUGACAUUGAUCCAUACAAACUGGUGGAGGCUGAUAUGGCCAGCUUGGCUAAUGACAUAAAAAAGCAACUAAAUACUCAGGAAACACUGCUGAAGACCAUGUCCCAUUAUUACUUUGAUGGUAAAGGAAAGACGUUUCGUCCACUUGUAGCACUACUCAUGUCAAAAGCUUGCAACAUCAGCACUAAUAUAAGUGACAGGGUAAUGAGUAAACAAAAAACAGUUGCCAUUGUGGCCGAAAUGAUUCACACAGCCAGCCUUGUUCACGAUGAUGUGAUAGAUGCCUCGGAUACACGGAGAGGACAGUGUAGUUUAAAUAAAAUGUAUGGUCAGAGAAAAUCAAUACUUGUUGGUGAUUACAUUUUAUCUCAAGCAUCUAUAGCAUUGGCCAGUACAGGGAACCCUCAGGUUAUAACUAUUUUAUCUUCUGUGUUGGAGGACUUAGUUAGCGGAGAGUUUAUGCAACUUGGUUCUAAAGAAGAUGAAAAUGAAAGAUUCUCACAUUAUUUAAAGAAAACUUACAAAAAAACUGCUAGCCUGAUUGCUAACACCUGUAAAGCUGUAGCCAUUCUUGGACAGUGUGAUGAUUACAUGUCAGAGAAGGCGUACCAGUAUGGCAGAAAUCUUGGCAUUGCAUUUCAGCUUGUUGAUGACUUGUUGGACUUCGUAUCAAGUGAACUGGUGAUGGGGAAACCUACAGCUGCAGAUCUCAAGUUAGGGUUGGCUACUGCUCCAGUUUUGUUUGCUGCUCAAGAAUUCCCAGAAUUACAUCCAAUGAUAAUGAGAAGGUUUACAGUAGAUGGAGAUGUAGAAACUGCUCGACAUUUGGUGGCCAAAAGUGAGGGAGUCCAACAGACAAAACUCCUGGCCUCCCAACACAGCCAGGAAGCAAUCAAAAGCUUACAAGAGUUCAGGGCAUCAGAUGCCAGGUUGGCUCUUGAGCGUCUAGCUAGAAUAUUGCUGGAGAGAAAGAGUUAAUGUUUGCUAGUUCCUAGUUUUAAGUACAUUGGCAUUGUAAUUUUAAUUUAGAACUAAUUUAGACAUGAGAUCCUCAUCAUAAGGCUGUAAAUCUAUGUAUCAGUAAAUUUGUGACAUUUGCGUGUAGCGUAGUACAGUAUGAAAUGAGACUGAACUUGGUUCAUUGAGAAGUAUUUAUUUAGCAUCCACCAUUCAUCUAGAUUAAAGUUCUUAUCUCUAUGAGAUGUUUAGGAACAUUUUUUUAUAUCUUUAAGUCAAAUGUCAUCAUUUGCUCAAACUGAAUGCUGAGUGUCAGCUGAAAUGGUAAUGAAAGUUGUGAGUUAUUAACUCAGGAUUGAAAUAAAUUUCUUGCUCUAUUAUAAGCAAGUAGUAAAAUUAGUGAAAAGAAAACAUUACGAUGGUUACAAAUGGAACAGUUGUGACUUUGUUUUUAGUGCCAUUGAUACAAUCGUGUAAAUAUAGAUCUUAAUUUUAGUUUUAUUAGUGAACAUUCAAAUUCUAUAAACACAAACAAUUUGACAUUGUACUUCUUAAAAUCAUAAGCUUGUGAUCCUCUAAUGUUAUUAGCUUGUCUGUUGGUGACUUGUGAUAAUGUGUGUCAGCUGUGUCACACUGUUUAUCUGUGGAUGACUUGGGUUAAUGUAAGCCCUGCAUGAUACUGUCUGUGGAUGAUAUGGGAUUGUUGGUCCAAUGUAGUUAAUAGACUUUCUGUUACUUAUUCUACUGCAUGGUUAUACCAUGAAAUGACAAGGACUCUGAAAAAUGUGUGGUGUUGUUUUCUAGUGUUAGACAGAAGUUGGGGGUAAAGAGAAACUGCUUCAAUGCUGACUUCUGGGAGAAAUCUUUUUCAUUCACUAUAGGUGCCAUUCUUUGUAACCCUUGUGUCUCAAUCUCGUGUGUAAGUUCUGCUAGAUCAAAGUAUUUUUUCUGAUCAAGUUUCAUGCUAAAAUUUCAGAAGUUGCUUUGAUUAGCAUAAUGUAUAAACAUUUGGCCUCUCCUAGGGUAAUUCUUUAGUGGACACUAAUUCAGUGUUUUGAAUAUAUAAUUAGCGUUUCAAAUAUACAUUACUUGAAUGUUUGUCAUGGUUUAGUUUGAUAUUGUUUUUAUUUUUAAAUACACAUUUUUGUUUGUCAUCUAUGGUAAAUUCAUUGAAAUAGUUUUGAACUAGUUGACUUGAAAUUAAAAUGAACUUUUCUUAUCACAUUGUAUGACAAAUUGAUGAAGCAACUUUUUUUUUUCAAGUAUGAGCAGUAUAAGGGAGGUAAUGCCUAAAUCCAGGGAAAUUUUUUUUUAUUAUUAAGCAGUUAAGUUGCAAAUUAAUUUGAAGAUAUUGAUAACAAUUGAACAUGGCAAUUAUCCUUUUUUUUUUUUUUUUUUUUUUUUUUUUAAAGGAUAUGUCUGGUAUAUAAUUAUUAAAAUAAAAUUAAUCCUUAAAGCUGAUAAUGCCAAUAUAUCAUCGCUUUCAAUUUGAAAUGUUUGAAUCAAAAGCAAAGAAUUUCAAAUGUUGCUACAGCUAUAAAUCGAAUGGAUUCUUCACAAAUAAAAAAUUAUUGUUUGAUUGGCCAACCUUUUAGUGUCAUGUUUGUUUAUGACUAGAAUUUUGUACAUGGGGCGUGGUGGUGGAGUGAUAAAGCUCUUGGCUUCUAAACUGAGAGUCUCGAGUUUAUAUCUCGUUGAAGACCAAGAGUAUUAAAAUGUGAGAUUUUUAUGACACCUCAGAGUUCAUCCUUUUGGGUACCUGACUUUAGUUGGGGAAAGUAAAGGUGGUUGGUCAUGGGUUGGCCACAUGAGGCCCUUGUUACCCACUGGCCAUAGAAAUAGAUGACCUUUACAUCAGAUUGUAGGGUCUGAAAGGGAUAUUUACUUUUACUAUAAUUUUGUACAAAUCUGUAGAGUAGACAAAUUUUAGACUACCAGUAUGAUACAUUUUUUUCUUAGUACCAUAUGAUAUGAUUUGUUCAAUAAACCCACUCCUAGCAGCUUCUGUUGACUAACUUACUAGCAAUGAUUAGGUAAGAAGCAACUGAAGCAGCUCGUGGGAAUAGCUUAAGAACAGGUAUUUGAUUAAGGCAGCCAUAUACAUUUAUAUUAAAUAGAAAUGAAUAAAUAUAAAUGAAUGAAUAAAUCUCUUUCAUGCUUUAUUAGUAUGGAAAUAAAACAAAAAUUAGUUUGGCUUGUA